UCGGAAAUUUUAAAAGAAAACGUUGAUCUUGAUUUUUGGUUGAGAACCUUACCAGCUUCUUGAACUUGGGUCAAGGGAAAAUUAAGAGAUCGGCCUGGAUCCAGAUCAGAGAUAGGCGAAAAUGGAAUUUUCUUCUCAACUAAACGAAACGAAAAAAUUAUUUCCAAGCGAAACGAAAAUUUUCGCCCAUCUCUGAUCCAGAUCCAGGACGAUCCUUAUUGAUACAUAAUCUAAUUCUUUUAGACCUUUACAUAUUCACAGCAUUUACAAUUUUCCAAUUUACUACACUUUCUUUAAAUUUUCUUAAAAAAUGGAUGAUGAAGAUAUGACUGAUGAACUAACCCAACAACAAACAACAAAAAAGCCGUGCUCUACUUUAUCAAAUCAAAAUAAAAAACGUAACAGAAUUGACCAGUUUGCUGCUAUUUUGGCAAGUAGAACAAAAAGUACAGACACAACACAAAAAUCGCAAUCUCCUAAUAAACUGACUGAACAAGCGACGUCUGGAAAUUCUUUAAAAUGUUCAAUUUGCAAACUUUCAAUUCAAAAUGACAAAAUUAAAGAAGCGAGAAAAUGUUCGAGUUGUAUGAAGUUUGUUCAUUUUUCUUGUGACAACGAAAUGGAAACAUUUGGCACUUACAGAUGCGUUCCCUGUCGUAAAGGACCUCUUGUUGGUGGAGAUGAAAUGCUUUCGUGUACAAUGCUUCCAGGUUCAAGUUUUGGAGAUUUUUCUGAUGACGAACUUGGCGGGGUUCCUACAAGCUCUAAAAAAUUGGAAAAUUUUUUGCAACAAACUACUAACAAUCCUUCAACUUUUCCUUCUCAACAAAGUACGAGCGAAAAAACUAUUGUUGACCAAUAUUCAAAUGUUUCAACACCACAAGACCCGUCACCAUCAACUACAAGUAACAGUAUUCGGGGUUCAGAGACUCCAACACCGCAACCUGAUGAAAUUUAUAGUGAUAAUGAUGAAUAUCAGCCGCCAAGUUCAAAUCGUCGUGUUGAAUCUACAUCUCGUGGAAUGCGAGGAAAAUCUUCAAGUUAUACAUCAGAAUAUUCACGCCAUACGCCAAUGAAAACUCGUUCAGGAGGGAAGCCGCCAGUUGUUUCUUACAUCUCUAAAUUCAGUGAAACUUAUGUUGAAGCACCUGAAAAGAAAAUCUCAGGCAAGAAAGGACGUGGAAAAGGAGCUAAAGGAAAUGGACGUGGUCGUCGUAAUACAACAGGAGGUGGUGGUAGAGGUGGAAAAUUGGUUAGUAUGUAUACUACAGCUUUAACAAACUCUUCAAAUAAACUAAAUUCUCAACAACAAAAAAAUGUCUCUGAAGAUGGAGGAAAGAAUGGAGGAGGAAAUUCUUCAACAAAAAAUUUGGGAGAACUAAAGAGGGAUGAUUAUAUUAGAACAGCAAUAGUUACAAGUGUUGGAGAUAAAUUUAUGAUUGAAUAUCCAAAUUUGUGUUUAAUUUGUGGAAGCAUUGGAAAAGGAUUAGAAGGUUUUUUGAGGGAUUUAUGGGUUUUGGGGAUCUUUUGGCUCUUGUCUGGUUUAUGA